AGGAGACACACACACAUACAGACAGGAGAGAGAUGAUUGAGUGCAAUUUGAAAGACUGGCUGACUUCGCCGAGAACGAACCCACAGAGCCACCACGCAGCCCCGUGAGGCAGCACACAAGACAAAAACAGCCCUCUCUCUCUCCCUCGCUCUUUCUCUCGCUGUUCGUCCUUUUCGCAAUGGGCGGCGGUGUGCUCUGAUGCAAUGUCGGUGUCGGCCAUCGCCCUCUCGUCGACUCACACGCAGCCGACGAGAGAGUCAUGGACGACACCAAUGACACAUCACGGCACAGCCACUACGACGACACACCAAAAGCACCAGAUAUCACUCACUCACUCGCUGUCAGCAGUUCUCUUCCUAGCUGUUCCGCCACGCGCAUAGGCCUGUCUGUCCGCAUGUACCCAUGGCAUCGCUGGUGUGUUUUCGUCCCGCGGCUGGUGACGUGUGACGGCCUCUCGCAAUGACAGAGAGACCAUCAGACGUCACCUGUCACGGCUCGAGAACAGCCCAGCUAUGUCAUGAUCGGCACACUCAUGCACCCGUUUCGCUGUCACUUAGUCUAUCGACAACCACCACCGUAAAGGAGGUGCCACACGUAUCCACAAGAGGACACCACACGACAAACGCGGCCAGCCAAGAGACUCAUUCAGAAUUUGAUGCUGCGGUCUCCGUGUCUUCUGUUGGCCGCCAGAAGGGGUUGUCACGCACGCGGAAGGCAAGGGAGCACGACGGACAGCAAAACACGUCAUAACCCUACACACAAUACACACACAAGUCCCACACAGGUCCAGACAGACACACAGGUCGCUCGGGUGUGUGUGGCAUGGCACCCACCUGCAGCAGUUCGUCCAGGCCGAUAUCGACAACGUCCCCACACCGACAAAGCCACGCAUAACACGCCCUCCCAUCGCUCUUACCCGACGGCACCGAUUGCCGCACGUCAAGCAGGUCAGCAAAAGCCACCUCAGUCGCAUUCGCGUGCUCACCAGCUGCAAACAAAAAACAAUCAAGCCAGACAGAUCCCGUCAACAUCUGGCUCUCUUUGCCUACCAGCCUGUGUCAGAUCCCACUGUGCCCGGCUCUUGUUGUCCCUCAGCUUCUCGAAGGCCUGCUGCAGCCGCUGGAACCGGCCGUGGCCACCGAGUGGCCGCUUGUCGGGGUGGCACUGACGCGCCUGUGAGAGGUAGGCCUGCCGGAUGGCGGCGAACGUGGCAGUGCGGGACACGCCGAGCACAUCGUAGGGACUUAUGUGUGGGGGGGAUGACGACGAUGAGGAUGGCGAAGAUGCGUUCUCUCGUGCUGCAGCGGUGGCGCCGUCAGUCAUGGCUCAUGGGAGUCUCGGGGCGACUCCCC